GGAUUUCUCUCGACAAGGCGCACACAAAACGCUAUUGUUGUUGUUGAAAACUUGACUGGCGAUGAUGACGAAUUUCGCAGCUUUGUUGCUGUUUCUUCUACCCUUAAACAUCUUUGAACACUCAGUUGGGAUGCCGAGAGGAAAGCUACGAUUGAAGGUAAGAGUGGAUAUCCGAGGAAAAGACAUCAUUAGUGCAGCAACACGAUUCUUUACGACAAUAAACCUUUCAUUGACUUUUAACAACAUCGCACGGUUUUCGUAAUACAUAGAGGUAUUCUAGAGAGGUAUCAAGCAGUAUCAGGAGUUAACUUUACAGAUAAAACAUGGGACAACAAGCGAUGCCCUUUCCUAACAAUCAUUUCUGGCUACACGGUCAAUUCCCUUCACCUCCCCUGUUAGGUUAGCAUGUUCCAAGCGGUCAGUUAGUAAAACGAAACGCGAUAGUAAACAGCGCGAUAGAAGCGGAGGAAUGAAAAAAACGAUGGAGGUUUGGGUCGGCUGGCUGACUGUAGCAUUUUAAACUCUUUUUGGAUUUUUGGAUUUUUUCGAUUUAUAAUUAACUUUAAAAAGCAUCAGUUUUUGUGGUCAGACGAACACCAAAGUCAUGGUUAAAGGCAAUUUGAGAGAUAUGGCCAAAGAGGAGUAAACCUUUACUCGGCAUCAUUGAUUUCCCUUUCUCUCCUAUUUUAAUUUUACUUUAUUAUUAUUAUUAUUAUUAUUAUUAUUAUUAUUAUUCUAUUAAAUAUUUAUCUGCCUUUUUUUUUUUUUUUUUUUGCAGCGACAGGCCCCACAAAGUUCCGCCUUAGCAGCUUUGAUGUCGUUCUCCGUCAAACUCUCCGACAUGGAGCGACAAAUAACAUCCUAUGAAAAGACAAUACAACGACAGAAAGCCGAGAUCGACCAACUGACAGCCAAGCUUGACUCCAAAGCUGAUCGAGUUCAAUUCAAAAGUUUGCAGACUUUACUGGACAGCAAGAUGGUGGCGCUUAAGGACGAGACUAAUACGAAGGACUUGCUAAUCGAGCGAUACCGGAAUAAACUCAGUCAGCUGGAUUCUGAGGUUACGGUAAGUGGUCUGGACCCUUCGUUUCUUUAUUAAGGCGCAAGGCCAAAGAUGGGGAGCGGAGAAAAGAAGCGGGUGAAAACUGUCAUAAUAAGCCCUACUUCUAAGUUAAUCACCAAGUAACGAAGUAACUAGCUGAAACAAGUAGAUAACCAAUCAAUAAAUUGAUUGAUGGACUGACUGACGCUCUGACUGACAUACAGACGGAUUGACUGGAAACUGACUUUCUGAUUGAUUGAAUAGCUGGCUGACUGGUUAACUUGCUAAUUUUCUGGGUGACUCACUGAUGGCUGACUGACUAACUGAUUAACCAACAAACUCACUUACUCACUGACUGGCUCGCUUACUGACUGAGUUACUUAAGCAUUUUUGGGUGUGCUCUUUUAAAGUUGAAAAAAAAAUUUGUUAAAGCCAACCAACUGACUGUCUUACUCUUUGGUUGACUAAUAUAGUGACUGAGAGACUGACUGACUGACUGGCCGACUGUCCGACUAACAGACUAGUGUACUGUUUGGAUGGUUGCCUGACCGGCUGCCUACGGUAAAUGACUUUCUCAUAGACUGACUGUCAGUUUGACCACAGGCAACCCAACCGUACUAUGUAUGAUUUUGGGGAUUUAAAAGUCAGAACCAGGAAUAAUUAAUAUGCUGAAUAUGUGUAUUAACUGUGGAAGUAUUAGCCAAAAUUUCCCUUCCUCCAUUGGUAUUCAAUCACUCAUUAGUUAAACGAAGUUGAUAUUCCCUGAAUAUUUUGAUGAUUUAGGGAUGGACGUGUGCUGUGCACCGUUGAUAGUGUUAAAAUCAUUGCUAUUCUUUUUCGUUUUUUUUUAUUUUUAUAUUUAUUUGUUUCAUUUUUUUUACAGUACACAGGAACGCUCAAAGUUCAAUAUGAAUUCAUCGUGCAAUAUGCAUCAUACAAUAUACAGUAAAUACACAUGUUCAGCAUAGUAGAUAUUCCUGUUUGUGACCUUAAAAGCCCCGAAAUCACUUAUGGUACAGUUGGGCUGCCUGUGGCUUGACUUAUUCGAUAACUGCUUGCUUAACUGACUGACUGAUUGACUAACUGACUAGAUAACUAAAAAACUGUCACGGCACCUCAACUUAAAUCAACCAUGACCUAUGGGGAAAGGACUUAUUCCGUAGUGGAACCGGAACUAUGAAACUAAUUUCAAUUACAUAUCCAGAAAAAUCGUCACAGGUAGCAGUAAUGAAAACGAAGCUUAACACUAACCUGUUUGAAGAUAGAUUUGAUUUGUUAUUUUUAAAACGCAAGUCUUUUAAAUUGUCUACAUUGCUAUGGUUUAGUACCAUGGACACCUACUGAACUAUAGCGCUCAAAAAUGUCUUUUUUUAACAAUUUUAAUUAAUUUUUUAUUAUCAAUUAGGACAUAAGCAACCAAUACAUUAAUCUUCGAGGCAAGACAACAGAAGUGCUGGACAGAUUCGACGAACUCGGAUUUCACUGUACGACACAGAAUACAGGCUGGGCUCCAAAAGCCAAUGCAGCCAUUGGAAACCUGGAUCGGCAGUGGGUCCGAUGUAACCCUAAUGAAUUUCUGCAGAGUUUUGUACUGACCUUAGCCAGCAAUUACGAAGAGGACAUGGUUAGAUAUAAGUAUAGGUGCUGCAGUCUUAAUAUCUGAAAGGCGAUCACAGGAACCUUAUACCUUGAAAGUACGUUAAAUAUUAUCCCCAUUUAACCUCUUCAAUCCCAGGAAUGACCAAUAACUAAUUUCUUCUUUCAUUAUCAAAACAAUAUUAAACAGACAAGUGAUGAGGAUAAAAACAAAUAUCCACUAGGGUAUUACUAUUUAAUCCAACACCAAAGUUUUAGGGCCAUCAUUAUAGGAAAUGUUUAGCAGACCAUGAGGUGAUUGCUCUAGGGAUCUUGGGAAUGAAAAGACUCAUUUUAUAAUUAGGUACUCUCAAUGAUUUAGUUUUUGCUUUAAAUGGUUUUCAUUGUUGAUCCAAGAAUUGCUUGAAAAUCAUACGGGAGUAGUUUGAUACACAAUAUAAUGUGAGGAAGAUUCUUGGCAAAAAACAUGGACAACAGACGGCUGACAUAGGAGAGAGGAAGGCUAAAAAAACCAAGCUGCUUUUUUUAAAAUUCUAGUUGAAAUUAUUAUUGUUACAUAUACACAUUUUCUAACUCGUUUAUCAGUUAUAGUAUUUUAGUAUGGUGAUAUCUCUCUAUGUACAAUUUAGUAGAAUAUGAGGUGUUAAAGUGAGGCAAAAAAAUUACUGAUUCCCUUUUUUUUGCUUUUUCUUUUCUUUUUUAUUCUCUCUUCGAAACGUUACAAUAACUGUUUUGAUUAAAAAAAAUAGUAGAUGCAAAAGUAAACCUACUGAUAUCAAAAUAACAGAUCUCGCCACGUGUUAAAAGAUAAUAGAAAAAGAUGAUAACAAUAAUAAAAAUAUUAUG